AUGUCUGUUACCUUCAUCAGUCAAGCCCACGCUUUAGAGACCGUCGUCUCGGUUCUAGCGAGGCACAAAACCGAUGAUUACUACGCAUAUGAACGAGGGGAAAAUUGGUUUAUAGGCAUUGGAAAUCAAGCAUCGUUGAUUUUUGACUCCAAGGGAGAGACUGUCACCAUCGAUAAAGAAUCCAGUCAAACAUCACGUCCAUUGGAUGGAUCUUCUAUCACUGAUGUUGCAAGGGAAUUUGUCUCCGAUAACAGUAAGAGCGGUUGCAGAAUAUUCGGCCAAGCUGGGUUUAAUUAUGCUGCACAUGUUCGUGGACAACAAUUUACACCUGGAAAUUGGCCUCUUCUAGCCCUGCUAGUUCCCCGAAUCGAGUUGCUACUUAUUGGACAUACCAUUACUCUAAAGGGAAUUGAGGAAGAAGAGGUGAAGAGCUUAUAUGAGUUCGUCCGGUAUCACAGUGCUAGUCUUUGUCUUACCUGUCAUCAGAGUGUCCAACAUAUUGACACGCAAGACAUCGAAGGCAACUACACUGCUAGGGUCGAAAAGGCUCUCCUUGAUAUAGCUCAAGGCCAGUACGUGAAAGUCAUUCCGUCACGCAUCUUAGAAAUCGAGUAUAAGAUAGACAUGCCGGCUACUCUUCUUGCCGGCCGGCGUUCUAACAAUCCUGCACGAACAUUCUCCCUAAGUCAUGCAGGCUACCAGGCUACAGGAUUUAGCCCGGAGCUAGUGUUUUCGGUGGAUAAUGGAAGGGUGAUAACUGAGCCGUUGGCUGGAACGCGAUCAGCCAAAGGAACAGAAGAAGAAGUGAAGAAACUGCGACAUGAGCUUUUGAAUGAUCCGAAGGAAAUUGUAGAACAUGUCAUAUCAGUGAGGGAAGCAAUCGAAGAGCUUCGGCAGCUGUGUCCACCAGAUACGAUCAAGGUGGAAGAUCUGAUGUCAAGCAGAGCACGCGGCUCUGUUCAACAUUUAGGGUCUAGUGUUGCUGGGACAUUAUUGCCCGAAAAAGAUAUGUGGGAUGCGUUUAAUGUCCUUUUUCCGUCAAUUACGGCAUCCGGUAUACCAAAGAAUGCAGCCAUGGAAGCCAUACAACUCCUAGAGGACAAGCCGCGAGAGCUCUACUCUGGAGCCGUGUUUAUGAUUGAAAAUUCAAAAUCUUUUGAGGCAGCACUGGUCUUGCGCACUGUGUUUCAGGAUGAGAAUCGUGGUUGGAUCCAAGCCGGGGCGGGCGUCAUCUCUCAAUCUAACCCGCAACGGGAGCUGGAGGAAACUCGCGAGAAGCUGGCAAGCAUCGCACCAUUCGUGAUUCCGGACAUGCCAACAUGA